AUGUCGGCUUAUAGAGAUGAAGAUCCUCGUAUUCAUGGCAUCAAAACUAGGAUUCGUGUUGUUCCAAAUUUUCCUAAACCAGGUAUUAUGUUUCAAGAUAUCACCACUCUAUUACUGGAUCCUAAAGCAUUCAAGGACACAAUUGAUUUGUUUGUUGAGAGAUACAAAGGCAAAAACAUUUCAGUUGUUGCAGGAAUAGAGGCUCGGGGAUUUAUAUUUGGACCUCCCAUUGCAUUGGCAAUUGGAGCAAAGUUUGUUCCUUUGAGAAAACCAAGGAAGUUGCCUGGUGAAGUUAUUUCAGAAGAGUAUAUUCUAGAAUAUGGAAGAGAUUGUCUUGAGAUGCAUGUUGGAGCAGUCAAACCGGGUGAACGCGCUUUGGUGGUUGAUGAUUUGAUUGCCACUGGCGGUACUCUGUGUGCUGCUAUGAAUUUACUUGAACGUGCUGGAGCAGAAGUAGUUGAAUGUGCAUGUGUAAUUGAAUUGCCAGAUUUGAAGGGUCGCGAGAGAUUGAAUGGCAAGCCAUUAUAUGUGCUCAUUGAGUCCCAUUAA